UUUAGUUUCCAUUUGUGUUUCACUCGGCCAACCGUGCGGUGGUGUUGUCAGCUCAGCGAACGCGAGAUUCGUUUCUGUCACAGUUUCACAGUGUCAAAGAGUCGUAAAAUCAAUCCAUCAAUACAAAUCAGCAAAGAAAUGCCACUUUGGCGUUGGACUAUCGCUGCCUACAUGGCAUUGGUGCUGAUUCUACUGCUUCACUUCAGCAAUGCACAGGAUCAGAUCGCCACAGAUGCGCCCACAUCAACGGCAACUUCAUCUGCUGCUCCCCCCAAUAAGAAUGUGGAAUCGGAUCGAUCAUCGUCACGAGCCGGCGGCUCUUUGGUUGCCCACAGUGAUGUCUACAUUGCGCGCAAUCAGCGGGAAUGCUUUGAGACGCGCAAUCUGGUGUCCUGCAUCAAAUACAAGGCAUCGAGGCUCAUUUGGAAACUGGCCACUAACGGCAUGGGCUUCUUCCCCAAUGAAUACGAGCGGGAGCUGGACAAGCCGCGCUGGCUGAGAUUGGUGCAGCUGGGCGAACCAGCCGAAGAUAUAAUGGUAUUCAAUGAUGCCAAGAGCCUGGAAGGGGACAGUGAGCUAAUGCGAAUUUUCAAGUUCCUCAAGCGGUCCGUUGAGACCUUUGGACGCAAUCAUGGCGUGCAACUGGUGCUGCCCAAGGAGACAGCCGCCAGGGUUUUGGAUGAGUCUGAAUCGCGUGGCGCUCGAAAGAAGAAGAAGUGGCUCAUUCUUCUUCCUCUGAUUAUAUUAAUGAAAAUUGCCCACUUGAAGAUGACCCUGGUCACAUUGCUAUUGGGAGUUCUGGGCAUGAAUAUAUUACUGGUGGGCGGCACAGGUUGGCUCAUUCACUAUCUGAAGUACAAGACGAUGUGCAAGAUACAUCCACACUUGGUGCAGACACAUUCGCAUGUCUACGACUCCGAUCCAGCAGACUAUUCGCAGUUCCUAGGCAGCAGCUUCUCCAACAGCUACAAUCCGUCCAGUGCACAUGAAGUGAAUGCCAAUGGCUAUAGCAAAGACUGGGCCACGAGUAAGGCGUACAAUGGCUAUAACUAUCUGGACACCAUCAGCAAGCGGAUUCACUGAGUGAGAGUGGAAAAGAAAAAGAUUCGUGCCAGGUUCCAGAGAUGAGUCCUAGUAAAAAUUGUUAUGGUCAACGUUAUUGUUUUUUUUGCUUAAUUUAAAUAACUUAUUAUAAUUUAGGUUACACAAUUAUUUAAUAAACUAAAUGUUCGCAA